GCGAGUACCAGCUAUCAGUAUUAGCCAGGUCAUCUUCCUGUGCGCAUAACGCGCAACGUGCAACGCCGAUUACGCGCGCGCCGAUCUCAGAGUCGAAAGAAUCAUCGAUACUUGCGCGAAAGGAACUUUGCGUUGUUCGCAAUGGCGAAGCAAUCCGAGAUGAAAGACAUUGUUUCGCGAACACCAUGAUGAAUCACGCGAAUGUAAGACGGAUAAACAGAUCGGCGUUCAUCAUUUACCACAAGUGUUGCUAAUCGUGAGUCGCGACUUUUUUACGAGAGGAAGAAAGCUACGUUACAUUAUACAUAUUUGUAGAACCAGGCCUAUUUAAUUGUUCGUCAACUUUUGAAGCAAGUCGUCGUGGCCUCGUCAUAAGUAAACGUAACAACGCGAUGUGCUUUCGCGGAAUCUGGAAACGCCGCUUCACGAACGCGGGUGUUCGACCUCGUGCAAAGGCCAAGCGGUAGCGCGAGCGAUCCGCAUGCUUGCCGUCAGUGUAAUCCAUUCGAAUUCGAACUUUUGAUCGUGCUCCGAUAUGGUGUUUUGCUAAAUGUGGCUGGAACAGCUUUAAUAACACGAAGUAACCAAUGCACCGCUAUUCAUCAUGAAUACGAUCCCUGGAAUGUAUAAAUGAAAUGUACAAAUGGAAUCAUGUAUUGUGGUUAAUAUCGUCAUUGUUUAGCAAUUGAAAAGCUACAUCAUUCGUUAUCUAAGUAUAAAGGUAGAAUCGUGACUAAAAGUAUGAUACAAAUGUUUUAAACACAAUGAACACGAAACAUAAAAUUGAUACAGUUUGCGUCACAUUGUCAUUAACAAAUGAGAAGCAAUAAUAAUAUCUGGAAUAAUAAAAAAAGGCAAUUGUAUUUAUCAAUAAUACACGAGAACCGAAACAGUACGUUUCGCCGCAUGGGUGCCUGGGUUGACGAUCGUCUUGUGGAGGAGGCGGUGGUUCUAGGUCAAAGUAUCACUUGGACUUGGAGAAUCCGGGGCCGUGAUUGCAAUGGUGGUGGACCAUUGCAUGGUCGACCGGGUGCCGACUAUCAAUCGCCGAACAAUUCCACAUCGACCUGGCCAUCAGCAUCUCUAUUGCCGUUGCGCCGUCAGUUCACCAGGCAGCUUUACGAGUGGCCUUGUUUACCGUUGUUUAAAUCAAGGACGAAACUAGACUUUUAUUGAAUCCAUCAUUCCGUUGAGAACAAGGGCCGCCCGUGAUAGUUUGCUUGCAAACACAAGGUUAUCCGAGUUUUUGUUUUCGUGAUUAUUUGCAUGUGUGUAUAUUUGCGAGUGUGUGUACAAGUGUGUAUCGGAAUUGGAGAGAAAAAUCGUCUGGAAGUUUCUCAAUAUUUUUAAAGGCGAAUUCCGCAAGUGUAUACCCUCCACAUUCGUUGCCUCUUCAAUAUGGCCGAGUGGACCAAGUUCAACGGUGAAAAUAAGCUGAGUCGAUCCGACGAACGCACGAAUAAUAAUACGUCCGUAAGACAGUCGUAUACCGAAACAAACGACGAUGAAAUUAUCAACGAAGAUUCGAAAGAGGCUAAUGACCAAGACGAUUACGAUUGUGACGAAGAUCGCGAAAGGACGAUCGCGAAUACAAGUUUGGUUCAAGGAUCGGAGCGUGUUAAUGAUCUACAAAACAAUUCAGAGUCGCUGGAAAACUCGCGAAAAGAAGAAGAAAAAGAGAGAUUCAUAGAGGUUAAUUUGGAUCGAAAAGGGGAACCAAAUUCGAGAAUACGUCGGGAAGCUCGUCAGGAACUGAAAGAAGCCUUGCAAAAUUCGCAAAACUCACCAAAGAGACCCAACAGUCUCUAUAAAGAAGAAUCCAGUCCACAAAAGCUGAAGAAUGUUUUCAACGAAAGAAAUGCAAUUUUUGACUCGUCUACCAGAAUUUUGUCGUCCAAGAGUCAUUCGUCGACCGAGAAAAGCACCGAGAAACUUGUAAAUGGAAAGUCUCCCAAGGAGGAUAAGCAACAGCUGCACGUGCAGUUCAACAAAGAGUCGAAGAAGCAGCAGUUACGUCACACGUCCGAGGAAAGACCGCAUCCGAGUCCAUCGAUCUCCACGUCUACUACGAGUAGUUCCGAUGAUAAUUCCAGCUUGGGACAAUUUUGUGAAGCGAGACCGCCCGACGGAGGCUGGGGCUGGGUUGUCGUGGCGGCCUCCUUCAUGGUCAAUCUGAUCGCAGACGGUAUCACUUUCUCUUUCGGUGUGAUAUACGUUGAAUUUCUGAAUUAUUUCGGCGAAGGUAAAUCGAAGACGGCGUGGAUCGGCAGUCUCUUCAUGGCGAUGCCGUUAUUAUCGGGACCGGUUGGCGAGUUUCUUAACCGACAGAUACGGAAUGUAGAAAAGUGACCGAUGGCCGGUAGCUUAUUGGCGACGGCCGGUUUUGUUGUGAGUUCUUACGCGAACUCAAUGGAGGUGCUCAUC